UGGGUCCAGCAGCACGUCCGCACGCUCUACUCCGCGAAGACGCAGCAGGCGUUCGACGCCGCCUUCGACGCGUUCGUCUCCCAGGAUGCGCGCAUCACGCUCAACGGCAAGCACCUCUCCCGCGAGAACUACAAGAACACGAUCCGCGGCGAGGUCCAGGGCGAGACCGGCGCGACGGUCACGUUCAAGGACGUCGUCGCCGUCCCCGCGCCGAAGACCAGGAACCCUGUGCGUCUUCACCGUGUCGGCGCGGUCGGCGCGUUCUUCACCGCGGAGCUGUUCCAGCGGUUCAUCGUGUUCGGCGCGAGGCAAUCCAACAUCGUCACCUCGUCGCUCAAUGUC